GGCGGGGACAAAAUUCCUGCUCUCUACUUUUGUCUCUACGUGGAGGAGGCAGGGCUGCAAAGCUGGACUCUGUCUGGGAUUUCUGGAGCAUCGACAUCUCGCACCUUCCUCCGACUGACCACGUCUGGUCACUCACAGAAAAAUGUCCAUAAAAAUAACGCAAGAUGAGGCGGAGGAGAUGAGGGCGAUGUUCGACAGUAUUGAUCUGGACAAAAAUGGAUUUAUUUCUGAUAAUGAGCUUGGCGAGCUUCUUACACAGAGCGGCCACCCCCAACCAGGAUACAUGAUCCGGGAAAUCCUGCAGAAACUCGACCGUGACAAGGACAACAAAAUCAGCUUUGAAGAGUUUUUGUCGAUUGUCAAGGAGCUGAAGGGCAGUCAAGUUGCAAAAACUUUCCUCAAGGCCAUCAACAAAAAGGAGGGCAUCCUGGCGAUUGGCGGGACAUCGGAGCUGUCGAGCGAAGGCACACAACACUCGUACUCUGAGGAGGAACGAUACGCUUUUGUGAACUGGAUCAACACAGCUCUGGAAAAGGAUCCCGACUGUCAACAUGUCCUGCCCAUGGAUCCCAACACAGACGCUCUCUUCAAGACUGUGGGAGACGGCAUUGUGCUCUGCAAAAUGAUCAACCUGUCAGUGCCAGACACCAUUGACGAGAGAACAAUCAAUAAGAAGAAGCUGACCCCAUUUACAACACAGGAAAACCUGAACCUGGCUCUGAACUCGGCGUCUGCCAUCGGCUGCCAUGUGGUGAACAUCGGCGCUUUGGACCUGAAAGAAGGGAAGCCCCAUCUGGUGCUGGGCCUCCUGUGGCAGAUCAUCAAGAUUGGCCUCUUUGCCGACAUCGAGCUCAGCAGAAAUGAAGCCCUUGCGGCCUUGCUGAGAGACGGAGAAACCCUGGAGGACCUGAUGAAGCUGUCGCCGGAGGAGCUGCUGUUGCGCUGGGCCAACUUUCACCUGGAGAACGCUGGCUAUCCAAAGAUCAACAACUUCAGUUCAGACAUCAAGGACUCAAAGGCCUAUUUCCACCUUCUGAAUCAAAUCUCCCCUAAAGGCACAGAGGAGAAUCGGCCACGCAUCGACAUCAACAUGGCAGGCUUCAGCGAGAAAGAUGACUUGAAGAGGGCAGAAGCCAUGCUGCAGCAGGCCGACCGGCUCGGCUGUCGACAGUUUGUCACCCCGACUGACGUCGUCAGCGGGAACCCCAAACUCAACCUUGCCUUUGUGGCCAAUCUGUUCAACAAAUACCCAGCGCUCACCAAACCGGAGAACGAGGACAUCGACUGGGACCUUCUGGGGGGCGAGACGAGAGAAGAGAGAACAUUCAGAAACUGGAUGAACUCCCUCGGCGUGAACCCCACUGUGAACCAUCUGUAUGUAGAUUUGCAGGAUGCCAUGGUCAUCCUUCAGCUCUACGAGAGAAUCAAAGUGGAGGUCGAUUGGAACAACAAGGUCAACAAGCCGCCUUAUCCCAAACUGGGAACAAAUAUGAAAAAGUUGGAGAAUUGUAACUAUGCAGUGGAGCUGGGCAAAACAACCAAGUUUUCUCUUGUUGGCAUCGGCGGGCAGGACUUGAACGAUGGCAAUCCUACCCUGACUCUGGCACUGGUGUGGCAGCUGAUGAGGAGAUACACAUUGAAUGUACUGGAGGAACUGGGUGACGGAGAGAAAGUAAAUGAUGACAUCAUUGUAAAAUGGGUGAACAAAACAUUGGCAGAGGCUGGAAAAUCUACCAAGAUCUCAAGUUUUAAGGACAAGGAGAUAAGCAGCAGUCUGUCAGUGCUGGAGCUGAUUGAUGCCAUUCAACCUGGGAGCAUCAACUUUGACCUGGUUAAAACCGGCAGACUCUCUGAAGACGACAAACUGGACAACGCCAAAUAUGCCAUUUCUAUGGCCAGGAAGAUCGGCGCUCGUGUCUACGCCCUGCCAGAGGACCUGGUGGAGGUCAAGCCAAAAAUGGUGAUGACGGUCUUUGCCUGCUUGAUGGGACGAGGGAUGAAGCGCGCCUAAGUGAGCUGCUUGGAUCACAGGGACACUUAACACUUCCCCAAAAAAAAAAAAAAAAACAAUUAGCAUUUUGAAAGAGCUUCCUCAACCGAAGAAAUGAAGAUUUGUUUUGGUUUUGUUUGUUUGUUUGUUUCUUUUUUUCCUUAAAAUGAAUCAGAAUCAUACACUUGCAUGCACCCUCUACCUCUUCUCAUACACAGAGGUAUUUUCUGAAGGAUCCUUUUUAUUGAAGGUGAAGCUUCAGGAUGGAAAAUCUCCAGAGGCGAGGCACUUAUCAACCUGCUACGCUCAUUUAUAAGAAUGCUGUUUUUUUUCCCCCCAAUACAAAUAUGCAUAAUAUACCAGCUGCAAGGUUGUUUACAUAUUUCUGCUCUGGCUGAUGAUUCAAUUAUCUCCUCGACCAAGCAACAGACAUUCCUGAGUGCUUUACUUUUGAAUAUAUGCAUCAGAAGGCCAAAAGUAAGUCAGAGAGGUUUAAAGUUUGGGUGGAGGACACUUUUAAAGAAGAAAAAAGAUGCUCAAACAUGUUUUCUUACUCGAUGACGUUGGAGCGUUUCAGCAGGGACUCCACGGACGUCUACAUAUCAGAAAACAGAAGCCAGGAGGUCAGUUUGUGGUGAUGACUUGUGGGAGGAAAUGCUGUUUGUAUUCCCUUGUGAUCUCUUUUUCUUUUUCUUGGGAUUAUCAUGCAACAUGCUGUAAAUGCUGUCUUUAAGGAUGUCUGAUUUGUGUUGCAUUGGGAAAUUUUUUUUUUUUUUUUGUAUUGCUGUGUGUCCGUUCGAUGGUGAGCAGGCUGACUUGACUCUCCUGACUUCAUACUGUGCCUUCAACUAUCAAAGAUGAUUUGUAUUUGUGCUUUGUGGAUUUCUCUUUGUUUUCUGCUCAUAUUAAACAUUACCAAAUACAGUUACUUCAUUCCAAGUAGCUUGAUGAUGUGCUAUGACGAUGGCCAAAUUGAAUUUGGCCUUUUGUUCAUGUCUAUUCUCCCAACUAAGUGCUUUACAUGUAACAAUAAACAUGACAUUGAAAACAGCU